UGUGCUUUAGUUUUAAAAUGAUUGUGACUUUAAGAGUCGCUCUUCUAGUUAUUUUUAUCGAUUUCUGUUUAUCUAAGGAUGUAGUGGUUUUUCCAGGAAAAAUAAAUGAUUUUGCGUUGUACAACACGAAUUUGUUUGCUAUACCAACGCCGUUGCCUGCUGAUCAAGUGGUAGCACAAGCUCUUGUGGAGGAAGUUUCAGGAGACACGGAAGAACUUGACAACGACUAUCCAUCAACAAAAAAGGAAAACUCUAAAGUUUCUAAAAACGAAGAAGCCUCUCGAGAUUAUAAUAUUGCUGCAGACAGAAAAACUACUGAUAAAGAUAUAGCUAAAGACGAGAAAGCUGUAGAAACUAAAAUUAAAGAAAAUACAGACGAAAAUAAAGAACAUGAUAAAAUUGAACAAAUAAAAAAACAAUACAAAGGUAAAAAGGGCCAUAAAUCAGCAAAAUUUGGCGAAAAGAAAGGUCACAAAAAAGGACACAAAACCAAGGGUUACAACAACAGAUUUCACAAAGAUGAAUACCACAAAGAACACAAACUUUAUGGCGAUGGUUAUAGAGAUAAUUCUAAAAAUGCAUAUAGAGGUUCUCAUUUAAAACACGCUAAUAAGGACAAAAGUUAUAAGAAAUCAAAGCAGAAAACCCAUAGUCAUAAAGAUAAUAAAUUCGGAAAGAAGGGUGUUGAUGAUGUAGGUAAAUUUGAUGAUCAACACCAAGAUUUUGAUAAAAAAUCAGGACAUGCGAAUAAGGAUAUACAUCAUGUUAGUAGGAUUAAAAUUAAAGACGAGCAAAAUCCACAUCCGAAUCAUAGACAAGAUUAUAUUUACUAUCCUAAUCAUAGGCCAUCUUAAAAUUUUGAUUUUUGGUUUAUACAACUUAGUUUUAAGUGUAUAUUGUAAAUAAUUAAUUUUUUUAAUUUUACUAUAUUUUUAUAUGUUAAAACACUUUAGUAUAUAUUAAAAAAACA